GAUUAUAAAUUCUAAUUCUAUAGUAUGAGACAAUAUAUUCAUGUAAUGUUUAAGAAAAGUUUUGUAAAUGAGUUCCAAUAGUUCAUGGAUUAGGGACUCGAUUUUAUGGGGUUCCAGAGGCUUCUGUGUAGAUUAUUUAGAUUAAUCUUUUUAUCUACACAACGGGACUCAGUGCUGACUCUAAAAGAUACCAUCAGAGAUACUUAGUUUUGCAGUUCUCAAACUGUGGAUUUAUGUCUCCAGAGAUAACAUGCUUGUGAACAGCAAAAAUGUUUUUAAAUAAAUAAAUACUAUAUGGAGGUGAGAAAUAACAGACAUCAACCCUAUUGUCCCUCUGCAAAUUUGUGUACACAGAGUCAAUCCCUUACCUCUCUAAAAGUGCAAAGUUUCAAAUGAAUAGAAGAUUGUUGGGGGCGGAAUAGAUCUGGACAAGGAGAAGAAGUCUGGAGAUAAAUGUGGGAGGGGAGGGACAGGCAGUAGAAACAAAAGUGAAACUGUUUGAGCAGCAUAUUCCAGAAGCCUUGAGGUCUUUCUCAGUGUAGCCUUCAUUGAUUUGAGAUCUACCAUACCAUUCUCUCACUAGAAGGGAAAAACCUAUAAUGGCAGCAGACCGUAAAAGAGACCCAGUUUGGGAAUAUUUUAAUGAAGUUCCUCUACCUGUGGGUAAGACGGGCAUGCGUGCAAAAUGCAAACAGUGCAACAAAGAAAUGCAAGGCUUGGUUACCCAAAUGAAACAACAGCAUGAGAAGUGUUCCUUCUCAGGAGGAAGCUGCGUUGAAGAUGAUGAAAGGAACAUGUCUGAACAUGCAGGACCUUUAGGAGAAUCCAUCCUCAACAUACAGGAUUCUGAAGACUAUCCACCUUCAAGAUCAUCAUCAUUUUCUAUAGUUUCAGAGUUACCUGCCAAUGAUAGUGUUUCAGUCACAUCAUGUAUGUCACACAGCCACAGUAUAUCACCUGUUGCAAAAAGAAAGAAAUAUCUACAACAUCCAGGAACAACCAUAGAUAAGUUUGUGAUAAGAACCAGCAGAUUACAAAAUGGGGUAAUUGAUGAAAAAAUUGCCUGGUUUCUUUAUGCAACAAACUCUCCUUUCCGUAUGAUUGAGAGCCCAUGCUUCAUUAACAUGAUUCAGUCAUUAAGACCAGCAUACAGUCCACCCAACAGAGCAGAUGUUGCAGGCAAAUUGCUGGAUAAAGUGUAUGAAAGAGAAAUUGAGCAGUUUGCAAAAGGUCUAGAGGGUGAAAUUGUUAACCUGAGUCUUGAUGGGUGGAGCAAUGUCCACAAUGAUCCUGUUGUACCUGCUUGUGUGACAACAGAAGAAGGGAAUGUCUUCCUUACAGAAACAAUUGAUACAUCAGGAAAUGUACACAGAGCAGAAUACUUACAAGAAGUAGCAGUAAAAGCUAUAACAAACUGUGGAAAAAAUUCAAAUGUCUAGUAUGCAGCUUGGUCACAGACAAUGCUGCAAAUGUAUCCAAGAUGAGAAGAAAUUAUUUAGAAGAGAGUCGCAAGCUAAUAUCAUUCGGUUGCUGUGCUCAUUUGAUGCACCUCCUAGCCAAAGACUUCAGUGUUCCACAAAUAAAAGCUAAUGUUGUUGAAAUUGCAAAAUACUUCCGUAUCAACCACUUUGCAGUAGCUGCUCUGAAAAAAGUGGGAGGAACCAAGCUAACGGUCCCACAAGACGUGCGAUGGAACUCAGUAGUGGACUGUUUUGAGCACUAUAUCAAGAACUGGCCUAACCUGCUGACAGUUUGUGAACAAAGUAGUGGGGGAAAAAAUGGCACUAUCACAGCCCAAGUUCUCAACAUUGGGCUUAAGAGAAAUGUUGAACACAUGCCGAGUACCCUGAAGCCUAUUUCUGUAGCCUUGAACAAAAUGCAGGGAAAUCGCUGUUUUAUUGCUGACGGUGUUGAAAUUUGGAAGGAACCGAGGGAGAACUUAAAAAGAGAAAUAUGCAAUGACAGAGUUAAAUUACAAGCGUUAAAAAAAAAAAGAAUGGGACAAGCACUACCUCCAGCUCAUUUUCUUGUAAAUAAUCUCAAUACUCGGCACCAAGGUCAAACCUUAACUGCUGAAGAAAAGGAGUUGGCUAUGACAUGGACAUCCAGCAAUCAUCUCUCCAUAAUGCCAACUAUAAUAAACUUCAGAGCUAAGAGUGAACCAUUCAAGAAAUGUAUGUUUGAUGAUGUUUUAAAGAAAGUUACAUCAGUGAACUGGUGGAAGUCACUUAAGCACUUGGAUUCAGAGACUGCUGAAGUGAUGAUCUCGCUUUUAACAGCAGUAGCUUCUUCUGGUGUAGAAAGAUUAUUUUCUUCCUUUGGACUAAUUCAUUCCAAAUUGAGAAAUUGUUUGGGAUCUGAAAAAGCAGGAAAGCUUAUUUUUCUCUUCCAGAUUAUGAACAAACAGGAAAAUGAAGGUGAAGAUGACUGAGUUAGCUGCAGAAGCCAAUAUUUUAAGUUUCUCAUGUUGACCUGGCUGACAUAGUCAAUUUAAUUUUUGUUGGGUUUUUUCAAUAUUUCAUUUAACUAUUUUAGUUUAAAACAAUUUUAACCAAAACAAACUGAUUUUAAAAAACUUGACUUUUUAAAUUAAAUUCAUAUGCUUGUUUUGUUAAAAUAUUAUGUUUGCUGUUGAAGAAAAACAUCCAGAAUACAUAACGUUGUUGUUGUUGUUUUUAGUUGAAUAAAACAAUUUAAAUGUCUGUCUGGUGAUGUUCUCCUCCUAAUGCAGCAUGGCAAGAAAAUCCUCCAAAUAUUAAUGAUUAACCUGUUGAACUGGAGAUAGUUUACCUCCCAGUGACUUCGUAAAUAUCCAUUUCAAUUACCUUUGGUAAA